AUGUCAGAAACACCACCAAGAGGGAAGAGGCGGCGGACUGAAGAGUCGGAUACCGAGGGCACCGGCUCAGUGAUUGAAGUUGGCAGGUCAAUCACCGCAAAGCCGCAGCCCAGAAGUGAGGAUACAAAUGGGAGACCCGAGCCAAUGACUGACGCAGAAAAGAGAUAUCGAGCUUGGCGCAAAAAUGGCUCUCCUCACGAUGCCUUCUGCUUCGUCUGCAAGCGGGAGAUGGACUUGCUAGACUGUUACACAUGCCGAAGGGCCUACCACCAGGAUUGUCUAGAUACACCCGUCGAUAGGCUCACCCACAGUGACAACUUCUUCUGUCGAGUCUGUGUCAAUCGCCAAUGGCACGAGCAUCUGCCUCCGCCGAGCCCGCCGCCAUCUCCACCGCUGGAAAGACAAAGGGUGGCCCUGCCCAGUCACAGGCCGAGCACGCAGCCCAACGUCGAAGUGCAUGCGACUUCGACUUCAGCUUCGACUUCACCAGCUCCUUCAGCACCAGCCCAGAAUGCCCAGGCUUCGGGCCCGACGUCCUUCACCUGGCUAUCGCAGAACCAGUUUACGACUCCUCUAACCCGCUCCACUGCGAUUUCAAGUCCCCGAACCCCAACACCUCUCUCGGGUGUCAUUAACCUCAACGGCCCUGGUCGGGGGAUCGUGGCUGGUCCGCGCGGUCCCCGUUCACGCUUUUCUACACUGUCAGCUGAAGUGGAUGAUGCCGUUUCCUUAAUCCUCAGAGAGCUGGAAUAUCUUGGGGACGCUAGGCAGAAAAUCACGCAGCUGGAGGAUGUGAUUGUGAGGUUACAGCAAGAUGUCCGGAUCAACGAGAAUGCGCUCAUUUUGGCGCAGCGCAACGCCGCUUCGUCAAACCAGCGCAAUUCAGAAAGCCUCCGUGUGGAAAACGAACGUCUAAAGAAGGAAAUGGACGACAUGAACCGAUCACUAGCAGAUGAGAAAUCACGGUCACAGUACUACAAGGCUGAUGCGGACCACUGGAGAGCGCAGGCACAGAGCCGGCAGGGAGAAUUGGAAGAGCUAAGGGGGAAGCUGAAGAAUCUGCUUGGCGGGUGA